AUGAGUACAAGUAGAAAUAUUCUUCGAACUCUACAAGAUUUAAUAACAUUGGGACAGAAAAGUGAUAAAUUCAAUCGAAUUUUUGAAGGAAUUCGAGUAGUAUCAUCUCGAAAACCAGGACAUAUUCAAUGUGAACUUGAUAUUGAAGAACGACAUUUAAAUCGUAAUGAUACAUUACACGGUGGAAUGAUAUCUUCAUUGACAGAUAGUGUAUCAACAUUAGCACUUGAGACUAUUGAAAGAAAACCAUUAAAAUCAGCAUCGAUUGAACUUAGUGUAUCUUUUCUUAAAGCAGCAAAAAAAGGUGAAACGAUACUAAUUGAUGCUGAAACUGUUAAAUUAGGACGAACAUUGGCUUUUCUAUCAGUAGAAUUUCGUAAUAAACAAAAUAAUGAAUUAUUAGCAACUGGAAAACAUACAAAAUAUGUUAGUUAA